AUGGAUGCGAUACCUUAUUUCGACGUGCCAUCUGGCGCAACCGCCAGAGUGAGCAUCAUUGACUCCUCUCUCCGUCUGUCAAGGAUGCCUUUACAACACCUUCUGAAACCCGCCAUGGCAGGCUUAGAUUUUAUACCCUCAGCAACAACCUGGUCAUUCUUGAUAGAAAGUUCAUCGGGAAAGAAAGCACUCUUCGAUCUGGGAGUACCAAAAAACCCAUUGGAGAACUUCUCUCCGAUGUGGUGCAAGACGAUAACCGAGGGAAACUUGGGUGUCGAUGUUCCGAAGAAUGUCGCAGAUAUCCUCAAGGACAAUCAUGUACAGCCUUCAGAAAUCGAUAGUGUUAUUUGGAGUCAUCAUCAUUUCGACCACAUCGGAGAUGUCACAACAUUUCCUAAUUCCACAGAGCUUGUUGUCGGACAUGGCUUCAAGGAAGCUUUUUGUCCUGGAUACCCGAGAAACCCCAAUUCCCCUAUCAGGGAAGUUGACUACAUAGGGCGAAACUUUCGAGAAAUCGACUUUGAUAAGAAACCCCUUGUAAUCGGACCUUUUCGAGGGUUUGACUUCUUUGGCGACGGCUCUUUCUACCUUCUUGAUACGCCUGGCCAUGCCAUUGGUCAUGUGGCUGGCCUUGCACGUACAACCACUGAUCCGGACACUUUCAUCUUCAUGGGUGGCGACCUCUGUCACCAUGGGGGUGAGUUACGACCAUCACCGUACCUCCCGAUUCCACAACAUCUAUCCCAACAUCUGUCCCUGUCUGACUCACUACGGCUUCUCUUAUCACGCUGUCCGGCGACAGUACUAGACGACGUGAACGUAAAGCGUGGUCGCAAGCCUGGGGAGACAUUCUUCGACCCAAACAUAGGAUUUGACAUAGAACAGGCUAUAGAAACCGUUAAAGAGGCGCAAAAGGCAGAUGCUCAAGACCACAUCUUUUUCAUAUUCGCACACGACAUGUCGGUCAUGGGCAUCGUCGAUGAAUUCCCAAGUACUUUGAACGAUUGGAAGGCGAAGGGAUGGAAAGAGAAGACUCAAUGGAGAUUUCUGAAUGAUUUUGAAGAAGCCAUCAAGGAGGAAUCGAAGCAGAGUGGUUGA